UAUUAAACAUGGCGUCCGACGCAGAGGAUGAUGACUUGGAUGCCCUUCGUAAUGCUGCACUGGCGACUCUGAAGCCUAAAGCACAACCCAUCCAGCAAGUAAUAAGCAGCAUAUCGAAUGUUGGGCGUUCUAAGCCUGGCUCUCCUUGGCAUGAAUAUCCAGGCAGUGUGGAUGUUGUUCCUGAGUUUUCAUACCAACCGGACCCGGUGCCAGAACCUGUGUCUUUUCCAGGUCCCAGGUUUCCACUGCCCAAUGUGUUGCUCACACAGCCACGACCGUUUGGUUGGCAGCAGCAGCCACCGCCGCGACACUUCAAUAACGGAAUUCAGCCUGUGCGACAGCGGGGAUUUUUCCCAGAACGACACAACUUCUCUGGUCGAUCUCACCAUAGAAGUUUUGGUGACAGGGGUCGACUUAUACGCGACAGGGGUCGUUAUACACGACGAGGUUAUGUGGACAACAGAGGCGGAGCCUUCUUCAUGAGAGGUCGAGGAGGAGCUGCAGGUCCGGUGACUUUGAUACGUCCUGCUGGUGGCGCCACAUUGGAAGCAGACGCAGAGGCAGCGGCUGGAAAUCUUAUUGUGAUCAGACCCCAUCUAGCCGAGGGUGGUCAUGCUAGUCGUACGGCCCCUCCGCCAGGUCCUGUUGGUGUUCAGAGCUCGGGGAACCAGGCAGCUCCUGCUGUCUCUAAACCCAAGCUGAUCUUACCUCAGGACAAGUAUCACUCCACUGCUCCUUCAGCAGGCACAAGGGUUCAGAUGGUCACAGAACCAGAACGGCCGCCGAAACCGAAAGAUAAAUUCAGCCGCUACAAUGACUCUGAUUCCGACGAGGAAGACGAAGAGGAGGAGGAUGACUUGGACACCCACAGCGAAGUGGAUGACAUCACCAGGGAAAUCGACAAAGUCCUUGACGAUGAUCGAGACAUUUUCAGUUCCCAGGCUGAAGAAGACAGUGGACCUGUGAAAGACACUAAUGCUGCCUUUGAGGUGGAGGUUCGAAAGUUAGAUAUUUCAGAGAAUGAGGAGGAAGGAGAGGAAGAGACUUUGGAUGAACUUGCAAAGGAUGACGGGUCAGCCCCUGUGUCCCCUGCUGCCAGCGAGGCUGACAGUAUAGACUUGGACGCCUUGGCUGCUGAUGAACCAGUUCUUUUAGGGGAUGUGGGUUUGUGUGAUGAUGGUAAUAUCUCCAAUGUUGUGACAGAGGAGCCCGAUAUAUCGCCUCCCGACAGUGACCUUGUGACAAUUAUUGCUAAUGAUUCUAAAGAUGUUGUUCCAGAGGAUUCUAAGCCGGUAGAAGAUUCUCAAAAAGGAAGUGUAGAUAAAUCACCUGGGUCUUCGUCCUCUUCAUCAUCCUCCUCCUCUUCCUCAUCCAGUUCUGGUGAAUCGUCCAGUGAGGAAGAGGAGGAGGAUGAUAAAGGAGGAAAAACUGGAGCUAAGAACUCUGGUAAAGAAGACCCCAGCAAGUCACCUCUACCUAGUCAGGCAGCGGAUACCACAGUGUCACUGACUGAUGAUGGGAAUGUGUCACCUAUGACGGACCCGUUGACAUCAUCGCUUUCACCACAACGCCAUAAAGAGUCACUUGAGGCAGUUGUUCCCCUUUCUCCACGUCACAAAUAUUUGUCUUCUCGGGGAUCUCGCUCACCAAGGCGACCUUCAAAAUCUCCCACCUCACCAUCUCAUAAAGAUCGUUCACCACAUAAACGUUCGUUAUCACCAAGGGGCCGCCCACUGUACCGCAGGUCUCGUUCUCCCCCAUAUGAAAGAACUCCCACUAGGAGGUAUCAGUCCCCUACUACACGCCCUCGAUCUCCAUCAUUGCUACCUCGGAGAUCAACGUCCCCUCGUAGAUCUCAGCCCCAUCGCCGACGGUCAGGGUCACCCCCUCCAAGAGGGCAUUCUCCCAGAAGACGUUCACUUUCUCCUUCAAGGAGAAACAGGACAAGUGAUCAAAGAAGUCGGUCUCCUUACCGCAGGAGAGGCUCACCCAUCACUCGUCCUCUUGACGAGAAAAGGGGCAUGCAUCCCGGGAAUUACAAUGCUUCACGUUACGGGGAAAGACGAGACCGAGACAGGUAUUCAAGUAGGGAAGGUGCUCGCAAGAGGUCUGCUGAUCGCCCAGCAGACAGAGAUAGGGGUAGGUACAGACGAUCGGGAUCCCGUGAUUGCAGGGAACGACCGUCUCGUGAUCUGUCGCCUGCCAAAGAUAGUCCAAGGAGGCAGGAGAAGGUAAAAGCAUUGGAUGCCAGUCCUGAAGAGCCUGUCAUGUCUCAGGCAGAUCUAGAUAAACUUACGCCAGAGGAGAGAGCCAAAUUUGAAGCAAGGAGGAGAAAGUUUGCUAGUAGUGAGGUUCAGAUUGAUCCUUCAAAGAAAGUUUCCCUGAAGAGCAUCAAAGAGCGAUCCAAGAAGCAGAAAAGGGCUAGUCAGACAAAAGAAGUGGCAAAGAAAGGUUCAAAGUUGAGCAAUCUUAAAGUAGAUAAUGUGAAAGGGAAAAGAAAAAAAGCAGUAGAAGUAGAAGAGGUUGAGGAGGAAGAGGAAAGCGAUGAAGAGGAAGAGGUGGCCCUUGAGGAUAUAGAAGAUGACAGUGAUGAAUCCGAGUCGGGCAGAGCGUGGCGUGAGGAGGAGAAUACAGGGAAAAAAUCCUCAAAGUCUUUAAUUCGUCAAGGUGCUGAUAAAGCCAUUUCGCAUCGCCGUGGUCGCUUAGCAGUAAAAGAUGAUCUUUUGUCUAAUUCUCGUCGGCGAGAUGGUGGCUUUGUUGAGAAACAAAGAAGAGGAGAUGCGUCCAGGUAUGCAAGGGAUGGUGGUUUGUUUGCAAGACACCAUCGCCAACAGCAAGAGCAAUUUGUGUCGGAAGACGACAGUGAAGAUGACGAUGCCCCAGCUCGGCUAACCAGUAGUAUUGUAGCAGCAAAGCCGUUCAAAGCUGAUAUUCCUCCAGAAAAACUGCGCAUUGAAGUGCAAGUGGCUCCUUCAGAAGUUAUGAAAAAGAAAUCAAAGAAGGGGAAGCUAGAUUUUUCUCAUGUGUAUGCAGUACCAGCUAAGCGCAGAAUAGAAGAAGAUGCUGAAGAUGUGGCAGCGAUACUAGCAAAGAAGGCUAAGAAGAAGAAAAAGAAGAAGGAGAAAAAGAAGAAAAAACAGUUCAGAGAAGAGGAGGAAGAUAUGGCAGCUGACAGUAGUGAGGAGGAGGUGGAGGAGGACGCAGCAGUGGUAAGCCAGCCUCGCAUACAAGCUCCGAGACCUUCUGUUUUGCAGCGGCUAGGCAAAAAGGUACCCAUCAGUCAACCAAAGGAGAAGAAGAAAAAAAAGAAAAAAAAUCUCUCAGAUGAUGCAGAUCCCAUUGAUGAACUUGACCUGCGGAUGCUCAAGAUGAAAGAAAAGAAUGCAGCGAUAUUGAGGCGGCAGAGGGAAAUUGAACAAGACAAGGAGAUGUAUGGAUAGCGACUGGCAGCAUGCAAGAGCUCGGCUGUGAAGUGUUGACCCAAAAGAUGUUCAAGAGCAGAAUCUUCAUUCCCCGCAUUAUUAUCUAUUGCGCACUGAUUAGUGUAAAGAUAGUGUAUUAUGGCUCCUGAUACCUGCUCUCUGUCCAUAUCCCUCCGAUCCCUCUAAUGUUUGUCUUGUUUUGUGGAUCCCUCUUUUUUGAAAAUGUCACAACCAAUAUUUGUAUUUUUUCCACAAUGCAUUAGUGGCUGGAUUAUCUUAUUUCCAAAGCAACAAAAGCUGAUGUAUUUGUCUUAAACCACACCAGAAUAGCAUUUCUGAACUGCUUGUCUGCAUCUGUCCUUUAGGCUCUUAGAUUUGGUUUUGUUGUUUUUUUCAUUGGCCUUUUUGGGGUGUGCAUGCUUUGAUGGUGGUUGGGUGGGG